AAUAAACUCGCCAUGCGAGCAAACCUUCAGUAUUGUACAAAUUACCUGUUGGUACACUAUUUUUUACCUAUUACAACUAAUCAGUUGGUUUAGAUUAAGCUUUGUACUUGAAUAAUUUAUACGAAUUAAAAUCUGGAAAAAAUGGCAAAAUUAGAUGGAGUUGGUCUUGGAUAUUCCUACCACUUGCCUUCCGGAGGCUGGCUUUUAAAAAUCCGAAACGUCUUAUCACAGUUCAGUGAUUUGUUUAGCGAAUUUGAUAAAUACAUAGCCCCGGCAUAUCACCACGAUCGAUGCGAAAGAUCGGUUUACAUGCGAUUAUAUUCGAUGCAUAAGAGGGAGUUUGUUAUGGUGUUUAUAGCAUUUUUUGCCUGUUUUGGCCUCGCACUUUUCAUAGGUAUUGCAGGUCCCCCUAUAACCAGCACGACAGAACUCGACGCUAAAACUCUAUUAAAUAAAGAUAAUCACAGUAAUUCUAUAGCGACAGGCCCUUUCAUAAUGAAGACCCCGUCACUUGUGACCUAUUCGCAACAAUUGUGGGUCAUUGCGAAACUAUCAACGGAAAAUACCGAUGAUGAAUCUUAUGAUAAGAGUUUUCUUAUUUCGGUCACAAUCGAGGGGGUAGAUGAGGACCACAAACCUGUGCCAAUCCUGGACGGCAAACACACGAGAAAUAGGACUCGUCACUUGACCUGCGAGAAUCAGAGAUGUGACGAAUUCGUCGUCCUCCAUUUAGGUUUUCUGGACUAUACUCAUUACAUAAUAACUUUGAAUUUUUACGGAUUGGAAGCCUUCCAUAAACGCUACGAAAUCAACCAAUUAACGUUCUACUUUAAAACCUACAACCCGGCGUUUACCCAAAUCGAAAUCGGGUUCAGGUUUAUUUUCCUUUCGGCGACUUUCAUUGUCGCGUGUUGGUUUGCUUGUACCCUCCGUAAGUACCCCAUGUACGACUGGUCAAUCGAACAGAAGUGGAUGUCUUUAUUGCUACCCCUUUUACUUGGUCAUAACAAUCCGGUGUUUCCGAUGAUGUUUCUGGUUAAUUCUUGGAUUCCGGGGAUGAUUGACGCCAUCGCACAAGCCACGUUUUUGUGCGCUUUGCUUUUGUUUUGGUUGUGUAUUUACCAUGGAUUGAGACAGAACGAAAGAAGAAUUUUGACGUUUUAUUUUCCAAAAGUGUUUAUCGUGGGGAUGUUGUGGCUUCCGGCUAUUAUUUUGGCCACGUGGGAGAAAUAUAGCGAAUUGCAGGACCCCACGUAUAAUCACGUGGUCGACACGCCCACUUUUAACACUUUGAAAGCUUUCUUUUUUAUUUUUGGAGUCAUAUAUCUUGUCUAUUUGGUGAUUUUGAUACUGAAGGCCUACACUGAAUUACGAUCGAUGCCAUUUUUUGGGCUGCGACUAAAGUUUUUAACUUUAUUGAUGAUUGUUGUUAUUGCAAUAACCUUCGUUAUUACGGUACUACGCUUCGGUGUUGGUAUUCUUGAAGAUAAUUUUGUAGCGCAAUUAUCAACGCAUUAUAACAGUUCUGCCCAAUUCAUGUCUUUCUACGGACUGCUCAAUUUUUAUAUUUAUACAAUGGCGUACGUCUAUUCGCCUGCUUACAAGGCCGUUCAUGAAUUUGAUAUUACGAAAGAUAAUCCGGCAUUUUCUAUGAUAAAUGACUCGGAUGAGGAUGUUAUUUAUGGAUCAGAUGAAGAAAGUAAAAGACCGUUAAACAGGAACAGGAAUGAUGAUGAUAGCGAUUAGAUGAAUUUCUAGGGGCUACAUAUUUAUAAAUGUUUGAUACAUCAUCUUAUACAAAUGCAUGUUGUUAUUUUAGACGUUGUUUAUUUAUUUGUUUACAGUUUAUUUACGUUGAGUUUAGUUCAACUGUUUGAUGUGUGAAUUUAGGUGUUAAAUAAAA